AUGCUUAAGCUCCUCCGCCCUCGGCCUUGGGUUUGCAACAGCUGCCUGAACCGAGUGGCAUUACCACGACCAUACCCCGUCGGCCGUCGUAGCAUAAGAUGGCUGUCUACGGCGCAAAGCGCUGCUUCGGCGGCUCCGAUUCUCCCCGUCACACCGACUCCUGCUGACCAUACUACCAGCGGCGCUCACGACGACACCCUCCUCGGCAAGAUCUUUGACUGCUCUUCAGCAUGGCAAGACUUCUCAGCGAGGUCGGCCAAGUUUCCCACAGGGAAUGUAGGCCUCUUCCGGAAUGCAUAUCUCACCAGCCCAGAUGGUUUCCUCACGUUUGCGCAGUCGUCCCUUUCCAAGGCCUCUGCCAUUGUGGACCGCGUGCUGGGCGCAUCGACUAUUGAGGAGUACAAGACCAUAGUCAGGGAUCUAGACAGGCUCAGCGAUCUCCUCUGCCGUGUCAUCGACCUCUCAGACUUUGUGAGGGUCACUCAUCCCGACGUGCGCAUCCAAAGGGCCGCUUCUGAAGCGUGGUACAUGGUGUAUCAGUACAUGAACCAGCUCAACACCAUGACGGGGCUCAACGACCAGCUGGGGAAGGCCAUGGAGAACCCCGAAGUAACCAAGAGCUGGUCUGAAGAGGAGAUGGCUGUGGCUCAGCUGCUUAAAUUGGACUUUAUGAAGUCGGCCGUCAACCUGCCGCAAGCCGCGCGGGACAGGUUCGUCGAUCUAUCGCAGAGGAUAAGCGAGAUUGGGUCCGACUUUGUCAACGACAUGGCCCCUGAGCAACGCCGUAUCGUUCUCCCGAGCAGCAAGUUCCAGGGAAUGGAUCCACAAAUCGCGCGCAGGUUCACUAAGCACGGCUAUAUGCAGCUGCCCACUAUGAGCGGCGAAGCAGCCGCCGCCUUGCGUACUGUCCACGACGAGGAGACCAGGAAGGCCAUCUAUCUCGCCAUCAGGACCGCAUCAAGCCGGUCCGUGGGUCUCUUAGAGGCGCUGCUGAAGCACAGGGCUGAACUGGCCGAUCUCGCGGGAUUUGAAAGCUACGGCCACAUGACCCUCCGAGAUAGGAUGAUGGCCAAGACUCCGGAAUCGAUCAACAAAUUCCUUGUUGAGCUCUCUAAGAACAACGCUCCCAGGGUCCUGCAGGAGGUCGAUGGCAUUUUGCAAGAGAAGAGGAAUCUCCUCGCGUCUCCGUCGGCGGCGCUCAAUCCAUGGGACAGAGAAUAUUAUAUCCAACGUAUAAGAAACGCCCAGGGCAAGAAUGUGAAGCACGACAACUUCUUUGCAUCAUACUUUUCAGUGGGCCGCGUCAUGCAAGGCCUUUCGAGACUCUUCACUCGUCUGUACGGCAUUCGCUUCGUGCCGCGAGAGACGCUGCCGGGCGAAAAAUGGCACCCGGAUGUGCGCCGCUUGGACGUCGUGUCAGACACGGAUGGCCACGUAGCUGUCCUGUACUGCGAUUUAUUCUAUCGUGAAGACAAGUCACCUAACCCUGCUCACUUCACCAUCCGCUGUUCUCGCGCUAUAUCGGAGGAUGAGAUCUCAGAGGCAGCCGCCAGCACGAGUCGAGGCGGCCCAAUCUUUGAGUCACCGGAGUCGGCAGCAAACGACGGCAUGGCUGCAUCGCGCGGGGCCGGUGGAGGCCCGCUGAAGCAGCUCCCGACCAUUGCGCUGGUGUGCGACUUUCCCCAGCGUGACAAUCCCCUCAGCGGCUCCAAGAGCAAGCCUGCAUCCCUGACUUUUGCAUCACUCGAGACCCUGUUCCACGAGAUGGGGCACGCCAUCCACUCCAUCCUAGCCCGGACAUCGUUCCAGAAUGUGGCAGGCACGCGAUGCGCAACCGACUUGGCCGAACUGCCGUCCACCCUGAUGGAAUAUUUCGCAUCGGACCCGUCAGUGCUGUCGUUGUUUGCUCGGCACGCCGAGACGGACGAGCCGUUAGACUACGACCUCUUGGCCGAGCGUGUCCGCUCCAGAGGCCUGUUUGAGGGCUGCGACACGGACUAUCAAAUAAUGCUGGCUAUGCUGGAUCAGGUGUACCACUCGCCCCUGGCCUCGUCGGAUUCGUUCGACACGACACGCGUCUACCACGACCUGCAGCGCAAGCACAGCCCUCUGGGACCAGACCCUCCGUCGACGCGCUGGCAGGGCUUCUUCGGUCACCUGUUCGGCUACGGGAGCACCUACUACAGCUACCUGUUCGACCAGGUGCUCGCGGAGCGGGUGUGGAAGAAGGUCUUUUCGUCGGGCCAGGACGGUGCCGCGCUGAGCAGGGAGGCCGGCGAGCACCUCAAGGAGAGCCUGUUGAGAUGGGGUGGCAGCCGUGAACCGUGGCGCUGCGUUUCGGACGUGCUCCGGGAUGAGAGAAUCGCCGGCGGUGGCGAGGAGGCCAUGGCUCUGGUUGGCAGUUGGGGGACCAGCAAUAAGUCAACCAUGAAGCACUGA